AUGGCCAGCAGCACCUCAGAGCUCGUGGACAAAAUAAAGCGCUACAAACUCCAUCUCACUAACGACCAGGAGGCUGCCAAGAUUCAAAAGACUUUAAAGAAACUCAAAGCUUUGGAAAUAACUGUGGAUGUUCUUGCUGCGACUGGAAUCGGAAAGAUUGUGAACUCUUUGCGCAGGCAUGAACUCGCUGGAGACUUGGCCAAAACACUUGUGAGAGACUGGAAGAAACUGUUGCCCAAAGAUUCAAAGAGUCCCACAACCGAUGAAUUUCCUUGUGCGAUCAAAUUGGACAAAGAGAAAGUGGUGGCGGCAGAUUUGAACAAUAAUUGUUUGUUUGAUGUAAAGGAAGUGGAACCGUCAAAUGAGCCGAUGAAGUGUCUGCCAGUGCCUGUGUGUCCUGAUUCCCCAAUAAAGAUUACUUCGCAGUGCAUCAUACAGAUUCCAGAAAGCCCUCCUUUAGAGUCAUGGUUCCCUGAAGUAGAAAACAAUCCCAAAAGAAAAGAUGAUUCAUAUGACAUUUUGGAGGAAUCGGCAGUUUUUACUGGUCAGCGACUUAACAAGAAGAUGCAAGUCUACUCUGGUGCAAAGACUGUUUUCCUUCCAGCUAUGAUGAGCCUUUAUCAGCAGUGUAUCCGCACACUUCAGAACAACAUCAACUUACUGUAUGAAACUGGAGGAGUCCCCUUUGAGAUCUUACAGCCGGUGUUGGAGAGGUGCACACCAGAGCAGCUUCUCCGCAUCGAGGAGUACAACCCAAUUUAUAUUGGAGAAACGGAUCACUUGUGGGGAAAGCACUGUCAAAGGGACUUUAAAGAUGCCAAACUCCUGGAGUAUGAGUCCUGGAAAGAAAUGUACAUCAGACUAUCUGAGGAGAGGGAGAGGAAGUUUAAAAGGCUCACAAAAACCAUUUCUUCAGCACAAUCCACUAAACCUCAAGGUCGGCAGGUGAAGAUGGCAUUUAUUCAUAGUGUUGCCAAGCCACCAAGAGAUGUGCGAAUUAAGCAGGAAAUCCAUGGAACUGCAGUUCAGCAGCCUCUUCCCAAGUGCAGUGUGAAACCAGUUCAUGACAGCAGACCCAGACAGAUGCCAAAAGAGUCCUUCAGCAGAAUCAGCACCACCUCUACAUCAACAUCAAGCACUUCACAAGAUCCAAGGAAAAAGACCAAAGUUGCACCAAUGAUGGCCAAAUCUCUAAAAGCCUUCAAGAAACAGUUUGUGGCCGGCUUGUGUAUCACAGGCCCACAUCAUGGCGCGGUGUGCGGGACAGGGGCUGGGGGUGGGACGGAGGAGGAGCUGGUGUGGAUGACGCAGGAUCGGAAUGAGGGAGUGAAUGUUCCGGGUCAGAAAUUGGACAAGAGGAAAUUAACUCUGGAACGAGAAGAGGAAAAGGGAUAA